AUGAUCAAUUCUUCACCAGAAUAUCCGGGGAUGUCGCAAUACUUGUCGAGGAAGCGCGAAAAGCCGCUCCGCACGUACGGGAGGAAGUCAACAUCUACGCCAGAACCACGCGGCGAACCACCGUCCAAGAGAGCGCGAUUAGAACCAGAUACACAACUAGAAAUAAAAAAGAGCAUUUCAACAGAGUCAACUCAAUUACCGAAGGAAGAGGAGUCAAACUUGGACAAAGACACACAACCGCGGCCCAGCACAGAAGCUGCCUCGCGAUCGUCCAUUUUACAAUACUUUAAGCCUUUAACCACGGACACAAAGCCACAGCUACAGAAGGAAGAUGAGCAAAGUAAUGAAAAACCAAUUAUUUCACAAACGGUGCGAACGCGACGGAAACCACGACUGCUACGAAUCCGAGCAACCUCCUUACCGUCAGACGAGUCCGAGGACGCGGUGAGUCUCUCUGGCAGAGACGAAACCGACAGCAAUGCCUCAUCGCCGGACAGGAAGAGGAAGACGCUACAUGACGGAGGGGACAACUUACUGAAUCAGGGGCGGAGGGAAAGUGCGUCGUCGGAUGCGAAGCCUAAUGUUAGGACGAGGUCGAGGCGGUCGCCGGCGGUGCAGACGACGCUGAAUAUUUCGUCGAAGGCGGCGUUUGCGGAGUGUAAAGUGUGUGAUACGGUUUGGAAUCCGUUGUAUCCCGAUGAUGUGAAGUAUCAUGAGAAGAGGCAUAAGAGUGUGGUUAGGAAAGCGAGGAGGGUGGAUGAUUUGUGA